AUGCGUGGUCCCCGCAUGAUGUGCUUUCCAAACAUCCGCCGACUCUGUCUCCGGCGACACAGUGUCCGUUCCGUUCACAGCUCCAGUACCGUGACGGGGACCUUCUUUGGAUACCGAAAGGGACGAGCAAAGGUGGUCCGAUUGGUGCUCGCUCUACAAUGUGCCCGUGUGGUCCAUGUACUGCAACGACAGGAAGGUUGGUUUCGCCAUCAGGCGUCAGACGACGCUCAACGACGCCAGAGAGUCCUCAGGCUCAUGCAGUCUGUCUCUGUUGGGGCUGGUGUUUUGCCCGUUGCUCCAAAGUCGGAAGACGGUGAUGUCAUGUACCUGCGAGCCAGCUUCCAACGAGUCAUUGGAUUGGCCAACUCCGAGUCGUUUCACAUGAUUAACCCGGACGGAAGUUCUGGGCAGGAGCUUAGCAUAUUUCUCAGGUCUUGA